AUGUACCGCUACUUGGGGGAGCUGUUAGCGUCCCGCCUCGCCGCCGGCUCGGUGCUGGCGGGCGCGGAGCCGGGCGGGCCGGCGGCGACCGGCGGGGCGGUGGUGGCGGCGGCGUGGGGCGGGGGCCGGUGUCCGCGGCGGCAUUACUGUGAGGCGGCGAAAAAGGAGGACGACCCCAACUUCUUCAAGAUGGUGGAGGGGUUCUUCGAUCGCGGCGCCAGCAUCGUGGAGGACAAGCUGGUGGAGGGGCUGCGCACCCGCGAGAGCAUGGAGGAGCGGCGCCACCGCGUCCGCGGCAUCCUCCGCAUCAUCAAGCCCUGCAACCAUGUGCUCAGCGUCACCUUCCCCAUCAAGCGCGACAACGGCGAGUGGGAAGUGAUCGAGGGCUAUCGGGCGCAGCACAGCCAGCACCGCACGCCCUGCAAGGGAGGUAUUCGUUACAGUACAGAUGUUAGUGUGGAUGAAGUGAAAGCCUUAGCAUCUCUCAUGACAUACAAAUGUGCUGUGGUUGAUGUGCCAUUUGGUGGGGCAAAGGCUGGUGUCAAGAUCAAUCCCAAGAACUACACAGACAAUGAAUUGGAAAAGAUCACAAGAAGGUUUACCAUGGAGCUGGCAAAGAAAGGCUUUAUUGGACCUGGUGUGGAUGUGCCUGCUCCUGAUAUGAGCACGGGGGAGAGGGAGAUGUCCUGGAUUGCUGACACCUAUGCCAGUACCAUAGGACACUAUGAUAUUAAUGCACAUGCAUGUGUGACUGGUAAACCCAUCAGCCAGGGUGGGAUCCAUGGACGUAUAUCUGCAACUGGUCGUGGUGUCUUCCAUGGAAUUGAAAAUUUCAUCAAUGAAGCCUCAUAUAUGAGCUUAUUAGGAAUGACUCCAGGAUUUGGAGAUAAAACAUUUGCUGUUCAGGGAUUUGGUAAUGUGGGCUUGCAUUCUAUGAGAUACUUGCAUCGCUAUGGCGCAAAAUGUGUUGCUGUUGGAGAGUUUAAUGGUUCCAUCUGGAAUCCUGAUGGGAUUGACCCAAAGGAACUAGAAGAUUUCAAACUGCAACACGGGACAAUCAUGGGCUUCCCUAAAGCAAAGCCACUUGAGGGCAGCAUUCUGGAAACAGACUGUGACAUUCUCAUCCCUGCUGCCAGCGAGAAGCAGUUGACCAAGGCCAAUGCACACAAGGUUAAAGCAAAAAUUAUUGCUGAAGGUGCCAAUGGGCCUACAACUCCUGAAGCUGACAAAAUCUUCUUGGAGAGGAAUAUCAUGGUUAUCCCUGAUCUUUAUCUGAAUGCUGGUGGUGUGACAGUAUCCUACUUUGAAUGGCUGAAAAACUUAAACCACGUCAGUUAUGGCCGUUUGACUUUCAAAUAUGAAAGAGAUUCAAACUACCACUUGCUCAUGUCUGUCCAGGAAAGCUUGGAAAGAAAAUUUGGGAAACAUGGGGGAACUAUUCCAGUUGUGCCUACAGCAGAAUUUCAAGAUAGGAUAUCCGGUGCAUCUGAGAAAGACAUUGUGCAUUCUGGGUUGGCUUACACGAUGGAACGUUCUGCAAGGCAAAUCAUGCGUACUGCCAUGACAUACAACCUGGGCCUGGACCUGAGAACAGCUGCCUACGUCAAUGCAAUUGAGAAAGUCUUCAAAGUGUACAAUGAGGCUGGUUUGACCUUUACAUAAACAGGCCAUGACUGCUCCUUGUUGUAUCCCACCCCUCGCUGUUAAUGUACCCUCUUCUUGAGAAAGCUUAUCACAAGUUUACAUGUAACCACAAAAUUUUCUUUUCUUCUGACAUUAUAGUGGAUUCUAUUCUCAAUUAGUUUCAGUUCCAAACUAGUCUUUUUUACAAUAAAAAUCCAUGGAUUAGGAAAUUGUAUACAAGUAUGUAUCUGAAGAUAACAGUUCAUCUGCACUUGUGGGGGCCAUUCUGGGUGUUUCACCUACAAAACAAAAUGGUACAUUUUAUGUAUGAAAGAGUGGUCUUGCCACCUGAGCCACUUCUCAGACUUCAGAUCAGAUACUGUACUAUAUGAGCACUUAGCUCAUUAUUACUUCAUGC